AUGACCGUUCCUUUAUCUGAUACAAGACUGAGGGCGCCUAAAGGCUUCCCAAAUAUAUUGGAGGGUUUCGCACGAGAGGUAUUGCGAUCACAGCCUAAGAAUGUGUAUGCAUUUGGACAACAAUAUUUUGAAAAUGUGUUGCGAGCUCGAGACUCCGGCGAACGCGACCCCGCUGAACAUGGGGCUAAUAUGGAAGACGUCUUCUACAAUAAUACUUCGUUUAAGGAACCGACAACUGAUGUCUGUAAUCCUCAGCAUCAAACUGCUGCCCUGACUAUCCAGACCAACUACCGUCAACAUGCCGCUGCGGAGAAAGUACAAGAUAUACGUGAAGAAGAGGCAGCUGUGGCGAUUCAAGCUGGGAUACGCGGGUAUAUAGACAGACAGAGAAUAAGAGACAUGAACCCAACCGAGGAACAGCAAGACAAGUUGGAAAAAACAAUGUUUUCCAAAGAUACAGAGGCUUCACUCAAUCAACAGGCCAAUGGGGGUAUCGACGAGGUAGACAUCGACCUGAACGACCCGGAUGUGGAAAAGGCCGCCAUUAAGAUACAAGCUGGCUUCAAAGGUUUUAAGGUCAGAAAGGAUGCUAUUAAACAGUCAAGCCAGGAGGUGCCUCAUGAACUGAAACAAGAACAAAUUGAAGGAACAUUAGAGCAAAAUCAAAAUAGUGAAAAUGACCAGGAAGGCCAAAGCGACGUAGAUAUUGACUUGAAAAACCCGGAUGUUGAGAAGGCCGCUAUUAAGAUCCAGGCUGGCUUCAAAGGUUAUCAGGUCAGAAAGGCUGCUAGUACAGAUCCACGUGCAAGUCAAAGGAAAUCACGCGAACUAGAUCAAGAUGAAAACAAGGUAAAGGUAGAGCAAAACAAGAACGAGUCAGGACAAGUUCAAGGUGAUGAUAAUGUAGAGCAAAGCGCCGCUAAUUAA